UAUAUACCAAUUAAGAAUUUCCUUUCAUGUCCAGCAUUUCUACUCUCUCCAAGAAGAGCAUCAAAGCUGAAGGAGAAGCAGCAGCAGGAACAGCAGCAGCAAUAAACAAACAUGAUUGUGAAGGGCAUGGCUAUAGCCUUGGCUGUGAUAUUCUAUGCUACAGUUGUUCAAGGCUUCCCCAUGUUCAAAAGGGGACGUUGUCUCUGCAUAGGCCCAGGAGUAAAAGCAGUGAAAGUGGCAGAUAUUGAGAAAGCCUCCAUAAUUUACCCAAGUAACAACUGUGACAAAACAGAAGUGAUUAUAACCCUGAAAGCACAAAAAGGACAUCGAUGCCUAAAUCCCAAAGCGAAGCAAGCAAGCCUGAUAAUCAAGAAAGUUGAAAGGAAGAAUUUUUUAAAAUAUCAAAAUGUAUAAAGUCCUGGAAAAGAGGAUUUAAAAACCUAGAACAAGUUUAACUGUGACUACUGAAACAAGAAUUCUGCCAUAAGAAACUGACUUUCUCCUUCUUGUUCCAACAUACAUUCAUCCGUUUCUAGGUCUAACCUAGAACGUAGAACCUUCAAGAAAAUGUGAUGUUUAUAACCAUUCUGCUGUGACUAUGAAAACAUUUCUGUAUCUGAUCUAUGUUCCAUAUUACUAUCUGUGGUUACAAUGGAGACAUUAACGUUAUUACUGGAGUAAAGCCCUUAUGGGUCAAAACCAUCCGUGUGUGCUAAAACAUUCCUCAAAUAAUUUUUCCUGCAAAUACACAUU